GAGGAGGAGGGUGGAAGACAGGCAGCAGUGACUGUGUGUGUGAGAGUGAGUGUGUGUUCACUUUGUAGUUUCCUCUCUCUGACACUACCAAACAUUUGCUGCGCAGGGCUGAGGGACUACAGCUAACUCACCGCCGUCACUCCACUCGAGACUUGCUUCCUCCUUCUUCAUCAGCCUUCUUCUGUGUUUGCUGUAUAUUUGUCAGCAGAGCCCACUGCAAUUACAAUUCCCAUUGCAUGCCCAGUUUGUCUAAGAGGAUGAAGGGGAGGAAUCCUGGCGCUUUGUGCGGUUUUUAGCAGCAGAAGAAUCAGACCCACUGGCAGCCUCUCCAGCUCCUGUUUGACACCUCUGUCUGUCAAGGAGCUCACCAUGAGUUAGAGGGCAUCGGCGAGCCUUGCCAAAGCGGCCUUCCUCAGCAUCUGGAGACAGCAGCAUCAUUCGCCCUGCUUCAUGAGCCAGCAGGAUGCGGCUGAGGUCCUCGCACUCUCCGAGCGCCUCCUCAUAGCGUCACACAAGGGACAGGCCGACAAUGUGGUCCAGCUUAUCAACAAGGGUGCAAAAGUAGCUGUCACCAAGUAUGGCAGAGGCCCGCUGCACUUGGCUGCCUAUAAAGGCCACAUCGAGGUCGUGCGUAUCCUGCUCAAAGCUGGAUGCGACCUGGACAUCCAAGACGACGGGGAGCAGACGGCGUUACAUCGGGCUGCCGUGGUGGGAAACAGUGACGUCAUCAGCGCUCUCAUCCAGGAAGGGUGUGCACUGGACCGACAGGACAAGGAUGGAAACACUGCUCUCCAUGAAGUGUCCUGGCACGGCUUCAGCCAGUCGGUCAAACUGCUGGUGAAAGCUGGAGCCAACGUUCAUGCAAAAAACAAGGCAGGGAACACAGCUCUCCACCUUGCGUGUCAGAAUGGUCACGCUCAGAGUUCCAAGGUUCUGCUCCUGGGAGGCUCCAGGCCGGACAGCAAGAACCUGUUGGGGGAUACGUGUCUGCAUGUGGCAGCCCGCUACAACCACAUAUCAAUGAUCCGCAUCCUCCUGGGAGCAUUUUGCUCAGUUUCAGAGAAGAACCUGGCUGGGGACACUCCGCUACAUGUGGCAGCUGCUUUGAAUCAUAAGAAAACAGUACGUCUGCUGCUGGAGGCGGGAGGAGACAGCCGCAUCUGCAACAAUGCUGGUGAAACAGCUUUGGAUAAGGCCAGAGAACAUAACAACCCAGAAGUGGCUCUUCUCCUGACCAGAGCUCCACAGGUGCAGAGCUUUGUGCGUGGCAGGAGUGCGAGGAAGAGGAGAGAAAAGCUGAAGGCAGAGGGCAGAGCUCAGUCGGUGCCCAGGGAUGAGAUGCUUCACUGUAAGGACAGUGCUUCAGCUGCAGAUGACACCCAGAGCAGUGACCGGGCUGCCUGCAAACACACUGAGGUGACUGAAACUAACACCAGGAGGGGCAAGAACAGGAAGCAGAAGGAAAAGCCGUUUCUGUCUGACCCUCUUCGCCGCAGAGAGACCAGGCCCAGUGAAGCCUUUCAUAGAAGGAAGGGUAAACUGCGAGGAGUCUCCCCUCAUGCAGCCAUCCCACCACAAAACUUUAAAGCCUAUCAGCUUUACACACUGUACCGCGGAAAGGAUGGCAAGAUCAUGCAGGCUCCUCUGAAUGGCUGCCGCUGUGAACCUCUCAUCACUAAACUGGAGAACCAGCUGGAGGCCACUAAAGAGGAGAUGAAGACUGAGAUCAACACGGUCCAAGACCUGAUGAACACCAAGAUGGGCCAGCUGGACCGCAAGAACAAGCACCAGAUCUGUGCUCUUGAUCAGAUGACAGUGGAGCGCGUGUCGGCAGAGAGGAGCGAGUGUCUGCAGAGGAUGGAGCAGCGGGCCCUGCAGGAGCGACUGGAGGCGGAGAAGAGACAGCAGGCGUCUCUGAUCAGUGACUUGAAGAGCUGGUGUCUGUCCAAACUGCAGAACAUGGAGGUUCUCUUCACAGGAGACCCCAGAAGGACCAAGCCGCGGCGCUCCUCCUCCAUGAGCGAGGGCCUGGACGAAGCAGAGGGACCUGAGCUCACUGAGCUGCCUGCUGGAGAUGAAGGCUUCUCCCAUUUUCCAGAGCUGCACAGCAGCCCCACACUCCGGGAGGUCGACCGCAGGGAUCCCAGUGUGACAGAGGGCGGAUCAGCCAGCCACUACUUUGUGGUUCAUAUGGAGAGCUCCCCAGAUGGUGAUAAGACACGUAAGGCUGAAGCCGCCUCUCCUACAGCAGCCAAGAAGCUGCUCUCAUCUGUGCAGGUGGUCAGGCCGAAGGAGCGCUCAGUGAUCUGUGCUGACACCCAGAGGAAGAACAAGGACCUGUUGGACGUGGAUGUAGUGGAGUACGGUGCCAUCGGGGGCACAGUCCACAGGGCAAGCAGUCUGUCCCCGGCCACAGGGCGGCGCUGCAGGACUGACGCUGUGCUCAGGGACAGGGAGCGAGGCCGCGACAGAGGGAAGCUGCGCAAAAAGCAUUCCCAGGGAAGGACUAAUUCCAGCGGGGCCACGGGGACCAAGGUCCUGGAGGUCUUCGGGGAGCAGCCCAGCGAGCCCUCCUUUGCUCAGGAGAAGGACAACAUGCACGCCCUUGAGGUGACGCAGUACUUCUUCGAGGCGGUGUCGACGCAGAUGGAGCGCUGGUACGAGAGGAAGGUGCAGGAGGCUGGCUGGCAGGCCACUCAGAGGGCAGAGGCCGACAGGGCCGCCCUGGUCGAGAGGAUCUCUUACCUGGAGGACGAGCUGCGCAUGCUGAGGACUGACAAACACGACGGGUGCUGACGAUCACCUGUCACCAUGACACUGAACAGACACUACAUGUGGUUGGGCUGGAUUUCAGCCUCUUGCAGCAGCAGAGAUUUAGGACACAAAUCUGAACUGUCAAGUUUUCUCCUUGCAAAACUGAGAUGAGUCACGAUAUCCAGCACUGAGAGAGUUCACGUUCACAACCAGUGCUGUAAAUCACGUCCCCCUGGAAUCCAGUCUACCCAUUUUUACAUGAACUAUAAGUGUUCCACGUAGAAAACCCUCUCAUGCUGGUUUUCAUGGCAGCAGAGGCCUGGUAUGCUGCGAUGUGUAUGAACAGUUCUUUAGAAACAGGGGCAGCUCUUGUGCACUGUGUUGUAAAUAAACCAGUAAAUGUAAAGCUAGUUGUCAAAACGUUGAACUAAUGUGCCAUUUGUAGAAUAGAUACAUGAUGAACACAGACAUCUUCAUGCAUUUGCCCGACCACAGACUAAAUACUGAGUCAUGUGACUCCACAUUAUCAUGAGCCGUGAUCGGUGUGCGCACGGUGGUAUCAUUAGAUCACAGUGACAGCCGUCUGCAUCACAGUGGAAUAAGCUUUUUGUUGGUGUCUAUUUACUGGAAUCAGUCUUGUGACUUUAAAAGAAUGACCCACUGUUUAUUUAUGAGAAUGUAGUUGAAGUGACACUGUACAUAAUGAAGGUUUGUUUUUAACUGCAUCGAUCCCUGAUUCUGCUGCAUGGUGAUUUGUGUGGAGGCUGGAGUGUGACAAUUGAAGAAUGUGACUUUUACAGUGUUAAAUACAAUUUCUAAAAAAAAUAUUAAAUCGUAAACCGAUAAGAUAUAAAUAUUCAUCUGAAUGAAACAUUAAAAUGUUAGUUGAAACAUACAUUUUUCAUAAUUAAAUGAUUAAUCAAUAUAUUUAUUGCAUUUUCAAACUGAAUUGGUUAUUCGACAUUUCUAUUUCAAUAUACAUGUAUAACAAUGUUUCCCUGAGUCAAACUCAAAUAUUAAAUAGAAUAAUUUAAAUUUGUGUGUCUGACACUUGAUCUGUUCUGUUUAAAUAAACAUGGACAUUUUAUCUAUCUGCCCCUCACAAGUUUGCACCUUUGUUUUAGUUAUGAACAAAAUAUAUACAUUACUUUAGGAGUCUGUAUUUAGAAGAAGGGACGAUUUUGAUUCUAACUAAAAACUGUAAAAGUGUAUUAAUAAUCAGGUGUCACAGUGAACUCCAACUCCACCUGUGAACUACCUUAAAUUCAAGCUCAAAACUUGCUUUCACAUAAAAAAAGACAUCAAUCCUGCUGCCACCCACACUGUCGCCAUUCAACAGCUCAACUGUGUCCUAGAUAGUAGAAAGAUAUUUAACUCUAAGUGUCUUAGUAAAGAGUGAGCGGGGAACAAAGUGUUAAAUCCACUGAAAUGGGCAGUCAAAGGAAAAAAGAAAAAUCAUUUAUGACACAAACACUAAGAAACAUUGAAACCUGCCUGGAGAGCUUAACAUCAAGCUGUUCUCAUCCUGUAACUACCUAUAAUCGUUCCUCCCAGAAUCCCCUCUGCCCUGCCAAUCAUGUUUCCCUUUAAAGCACAAUCCUGACGCUGAACUUGGUCCGAACCUGUUGCAUGAAGAAUGCUCCCAGUUGUGUUGCAGUAUUACUGUCUGCUGUACAUUUGAUGUAGUGACUGUUUUUAUAUGACCUCGAUGCACUCUGUAUGAUGAAGCCAGAAAAACAUAUUUUGUAUUAAAAAUAAAAAGUUUGUUCUUAAUCUGC